ACUGGUGGUCUAUCCAUCAUCAGGUGAGUAUCAUUUUAAUACCACACACUCUUCAUUUUUAUACCAUGAAUUAUAUUCAAGUUCUAGGCUACUGCUUCUAGGCUACUGCAUGUGUUCACAGAGGUUCUACUGAUGCCCACUCUGACUGUGGAGCCUUCAGGAUGACAGUUGUACACUGAGGACACAGUCACCUUGGCAUGUCAGUUACCUGGCCACUCUGGGCUGGGCUGGCAGUUCUACUGGCACAAAGACAGGUGUGACCUCUGGCUCCCUCUUUAUGUUGCUUCUCUGAUCGUGUAUAUUGGAUGUCGGGAGGUGUGAUAGAUUUCAGUUCAAUCUUAUAGAAUGUGGGUGUUAGGCUACUUGUUGUAUCCAUCACUCCCUGAGUGAUGAUAGUAAAACAUGGCACUGAAUAACUGUGUACAGGAACUGGAAUGUACUAACAAGUGGAACGAACUAAUGCUCAUAACACUAUAUUAGGCAGGACACUGGCCCUGUGGAGCAGAUGUGGGGCAGAGUUGGAGGUGGGGCGGUCUACCAACUGUGGCGUGCCUCUGUCACACACACAGGCCAGUACUGGUGCAGAGCAGGGAGAGGACAGCCAGUCUUCUACAUCCAAUACAGCCAGGCAGUCUCUGUUAAUGUCAUUGAGCUCUUCACAUCAGUGACUUUGUCAGCAUCUCCUUCGACCGUGGUCAAAGAGGGCGGGGCUUUCAACCUCACCUGUGAGGCCCAGCUUAGCAACUGCAAACUGAGCCAACAUCAUGGUAACCACAGUCUACAUAGUCACCCUGAUCCUGACUGUAACUGGACCACAGUGAUUGUAACAUUCUCCUUCCUGAGGGACGGCUGGCCAGUGGCCAGGGACUCUGUCAGUGGGAUGUACAGCGUAGCGAAGGCUUCUAGCUGUCACAUGGGGACCUACAGCUGUGUGGCCAGAGCAGGCAGGGCCAGGAGGAGCAGCCAGGAAAUCAGCAUCACACUAGACAACCUGUCUCUGAUACUGGUCACCUGCUUUGGCACCUUCCUGAUCCUCUCCGUGGCUCCAUUGGCAUUUUUUGUGAGACUAUACGCGAUGAGAUUGUGGCAGCUCAGAGGCAGAGGACAAGGAGAAUUGCAGUGCAAUGAGUGCAGUACAAUACAGGGACCAAAAUGAGAGGGAGGACCGGUGAGACGUGCUGUGAGAACUCAUGUAGCACACAUGGCACACAUUAGUGCACAGGUGUAGGAUCUUAAUUUGAUCACCCUGUUGCAUGUUUUUUACUCAAAAGAUUAAAACAGAUGUUUUAUUGUAAUCUUGCAGAUGUAUCUGGACCCAGCUGACUUGAGAAACUUUCUAUCAUUUAUUACAAAAUUGGAGUGUAGAAUAAUAAACUUAUCAUUAUUUGGAGAA